AAGAUAUCUCCUGCUGAUCUCUUCUCUGACUGUGCCUAGUUUAGAAAAGGAAGUCCUUAAAAUAAAAAGCAAAGUUUUGGAUUUUUUUUGACCUGCCAAAGGACAUCUACAGGAAGGAUCCAAGACACAAAUGCACCCUAUCAGAGUGUCUGAAGUUUGUCAUUAGCCCUCUUCUGAACUGUAUCCUGGUUGGAUGACCCUGUGCCUCUGUUGGAAUGAAGCGGUUGCACAGUGACGAAGCUGACCAGUCUGAGGUCACUGAUGAAACUGGUUUGAAUCUGGAUAUCGAUGAUGUAUUCAUUGAGGACGAGGAACUGGAAAAUUUCUUUCCAGCUCUUGGGUAUUCCAAUGUGUUGAAAGGCCCUUUGCUAUCUGCUCCGAACCUUUUGAAAAGGACACCGCAACGUUGCCACUUCCGUGAAGCUGAUUCCUCAAAAGCAAAGGCACCAAUGGAUUCCUUUUUCCCAAAAGGCUAUCAAACUUCACCGAAAUCUAGUACAGUGGCAGCCCAGCAGAAUGUGAAGAUGGAUUCCUUGGGUUCAGCCAAAGGCGGUGAAGGAAACAUGAUGGUUAAAGUCUAUGAGCAGCAAUGGCUGUUUAAGGUGGUAUCCAAAGGUGAGGCCAGCGAGUUAGAUGGAUUACUGGAGUACCUGAUCAAAAACAAUGAACGUCUCACUGACUGGAAAUUCAGAGACCCAGAGACUGGAAAAACUGCUUUACUGAAGGCACUGUUAAACCUGAGUAACCAGAGGAAUGACACGAUCCCAGUGCUACUGGAAAUUGCAGAGAAAACUGACAACCUGAACCACUUUGUCAAUGCGGCCUACAGCGACAGCUACUACAAGGGUCAGACUGCACUGCACAUUGCCAUUGAACGCCGGUGUCUGCAUUUUGUGGCUCUCCUGCUUCGCAAUGGUGCUAAUGUCCAUGCCAAGGCCAAUGGUAUAUUCUUCAAGCAAAAGGAAGGUCAGACUGGAUUUUACUUUGGGGAGCUGCCUCUCUCACUGGCUGCCUGCACAAACCAGCUGGAUGUGGUGACUCACCUGCUGGAAAACCCAUACAGCCCAGCAGAUAUCUCAGCUACAGACUCCAUGGGGAACAAUGUACUCCAUGCGUUGGUCUCCAUCUCCGACAACACCAAGGAGAACACCAAGUUCAUCAUCCACAUGUACGAUUACCUGCUGAGGAUGGGGGUGAAGAUCAACCCAGAGCUGAACCUAGAAAAUGUGAAGAACAAAAAGGGACUAACCGCCUUGAAACUGGCUGCAAAGACAGGCAAAAUCGAGGUGUUGAAACACAUCAUUGGCAGGGAGAUCCAUGAUGUGGAAUGUCGAUUCUUGUCCAGGAAAUUCACUGAAUGGGCAUAUGGGCCAGUGCACUCAUCACUGUAUGACCUGUCAGCUCUCGACACAUAUGAAGCAAAGUCUGUGUUGGAGAUUAUCAUCUAUGGCAGUGAGAUUCCGAACCGACACGAGAUGCUAAACUUAGAGCCGCUGAAGCACCUGCUACAGGACAAGUGGAACAGAUUUGCCAGCUUCAUCUUUUACAUCAAGUUCUUCAUUUACUUGUCCUAUAUGAUCAUCUUCACCACUACAGCCUACAAUCGGAUUGAGGAACAAAAGCCCCCAUUCAAAAUUGAGGCCACAACUGGAAGCUACCUGCGGGUUACUGGACAAGUUAUUACAGUCUUCGGGGCUCUCUACCUUUUCUUUCAAGGGGUCGAAGAAGUCUUUCUGCGAAGGAAGCGGACUCCGAAGUCAAUCACUAUUGACGGUUACUGUGACAUUUUAUUCUUUCUUCAGGCAGUGCUGCUCCUGGGCUCUUCUGUGCUGUAUGUAGUUGGACGAGAAGAGUAUGUUGGAUUUAUGGUGACCGGGCUGGCAAUAGGCUGGAUCAAUCUACUCUAUUACACACGCGGAUUCCAGCGAAUGGGCAUCUAUAGUGUCAUGAUGCAGAAAAUUUUCCUAACAGAUAUUAUGAGUUUUCUGCUUGUGUAUGUGGUCUUCCUCUUUGGGUUUGGAGCUGCUCUGGUGGUGCUUAUUGAAGACCGUGUUUACAAUAACACCAAGCCACGAUGUGACAAGGAAACUACGUACAAGAAUUUUAAAACAACCUUCUUAGAGCUUUUCCGGUUCACUAUCGGGAUGGGAGAUCUGGAGUUCACCGAGAACUACAGAUUUAAAGAGGUUUUCAUCUUCCUGCUGAUAUCUUAUGUCAUCCUGACAUAUAUCCUCCUUCUCAAUAUGUUGAUUGCAUUGAUGAGCAAGACGGUGGAAAAAAUCUCCGAGGACAGUAAGAGUGUGUGGAACCUGCAGCGAGCUAUUACAAUUCUGGAUUUGGAGAAAAGUCUUCCCCGGUGUCUGAGAGCCAGGUUUCAUUCAGGGGAGCCUGUCACUGUGGGCCUGCUCUCUGAUGAAACAGAAGACCUGAGAUGGUGCUUCAGGGUCGAUGAGGUUAACUGGACAAAGUGGAACACAAACCUUGGCCUCAUCAAUGAGGAACCAGGAAACUCUGAAGUCAUCAGACGGACAACAGGGAGCAGAGGGCGAACACCUCGCCGAGAGAGGAGCUGGCGGACAAUGCUGCCCCUGCUGAAGGAGAUUAAACCUGAGAAACAGGAAGAGGAAGUGCGACUGGGUGAGAUAAACACCGGCCCAGCAAGGCAGCCUCCUGGACAGUCACAUCGCUCAAUUGCAAAAGCUGUUUAACCUCAGAGCUGUGUGUGUGUGUAUAUGCGUGUGUGUGUGCGUGUGUGUGCGCGCGAGUAAGUCCGGGUCUUGCUGCCAAAUCUUCAUUAUCCUUCAACACACACUCCAGGAUUGUUUAUCCUACAGGACUGCCCUGGACUUUCCAGGAAUCUGAGAUGAAUAUCGAGGACACUAGACUGGAAGCAUUUAAAAAUGUUUAUUUUAAUUAUGUUUUUUUGAAGAUUGUGCUUGUUAGUUGUUAAAAUGGGGCGGUUGGGAAAAGCGCUUUGUCAUUCUGGAAGAUUGGGACGUGGUGAGGUAAUGGUGAUGUCACUGGACUAGGUGUCUAGUAGCCCUGGAUAAAGCUUGGGAGACAUGGGUUCGAAUCCCAGUGGAAGCCGGUGGAAUUUUA